CAAAUACUGGAACUACUUCAGAUUAAAAAAGCUUGAAAAAUGAAUCCUACACUUUUAUCCCUUUUUCUUGUAGUGCUGGCAGCAGCAUAUGUGGAUUGUCAGUAUUCAGAUGAAGAACUGUGUGGUGUUAUAUUUCCGAGAAGAUGCCAACGUCAUGAACAUUGUUCUGGCCAUGGAGCCUCCAGAACUUGCGUGCCAAAAAUGUGGAGAGGUAUGCCUUGCAGUGACAGACAUAUAUGUGCAGAUGGAUUAGAAUGCAAAACGGUGCAACAUGCUUUCGGACACAUGCGCAGAUGCGAAGAGGCAUUUGCUACUUCAACAUCUGGACUUGAUAUUACAACUCCAUCUAUUCUCGACUCUACUGUUGUGUCUACUGCUACUACACAGACGUAAAAUAUGUGAAGAAAUUUCCCUUCCAAAGAUAACGGGAAAUAUAACUAUGUUAUGUUUUGAUCAAUUAUAAAUGUUAAAAUGGUUGAUUUUAAAUUGCUAUGAAUUAAGUAAAAAUAAAUUAAGAUUCUUAAAGAUG